AUGAUCGCAGCAGUGAAAUCAAUCCUUUGUCAGACGGAGGCAACGGAGGAGACUAAGAGUCUCAUCCAACACCAAGUGUCGUCUCUCCUGAUGGCCCACAGGCCGCGGGAAGUGCUUUCCAAGGUCGAACCUAAUGCGCUUAGAGAACUCAAGGCCGAUGAAGACGUGGUCAUCGUGCCAGCGGACAAAGGAAGCGCCACAGUUGUACUGGACAGGACAGACUACCUUCAAAAAGCCAAAGGUUUACUGGAGGACCUGCAGUUCUAUGUCCCAUGUGCAACGAACCCUGUAAAGGCGCUGACACGCAAUAUUAAUGCUACGUUGUUGGCCUUGGAGAACUCAGGUGCAAUAAUACCGACCGACAGACGCAUGGCGAGACCCCAAGUUACGGCUUUGGCCCGAUUCUAUGGCCUGCCUAAGGUGCACAAAGACGGCGCUCCUCUCCGACCCAUCGUGGUACUCUAACGUACCGACUGGCUAAGUGGCUGUUCCGGCGUCUUAAAUUCCUGACCGCUGAGUCAGACACCACGGUCUCUACGUCAGCACAAUUCCUGGGGAAACUCAAAGGGGUAAGCAUCCAUCCAAAUGAGGUCAUGGCAUCUUUUGGUGUUACAUCCCUUUUUACUUCUAUUCCCCAGGACCUGGUGAUCGAGACAAUUGAGCUGCUUCUACAAAGCAAAUACGAUGAAUCAGAGAGCCGUCUUGGGGACGCCCAAAUCCUUCAGCUCCUAAAGCUCUGUCUCAGGACGUACUUCACGUGCAACGGGACAAUCUACGAACAGGUGAAGGGCACACCAAUGGGUUCGCCGAUUUCGUGA